GGUUUCAAGGCGGCCCCUGAGCGCUGGCUGGAGGGGGAAGGAUCCGAUCCUGGGACAGAGGGCGCCUUGAAACGGACGGGGGAGAAGUGAGUAGAGAAGCGGAGCACAAAGAGAAAGUGAUCCGAAUCAGAACCGGAGGGAGCAGAAGUGCCGGAGACACCGGAUCGGCAGCGAUCUGAGACCGAGGAGGGAGAUCUGUGCAGUGCUGGGAAGAUCGGGUCCUGGAAGAGCCGAUCCAGGAAAAGUGGGAGGUGACUCGGGGACACAAGUCACACAACUUUUGCAGAACUUUAUUCUGGCAUCCCCCAAAAAAAGUUGGGACCCCCCCCCCAUGUGACUUUUCAUAGCUGAUUCCAUUGCUUGGUGCCCAUUUUCUCAGCUUCAGCCAUGCAGGGUGUCCCAGUAGCCACCCUUUUCCUCCUGCCAGCCCUGUGCCUACUCGCCGCUGCCCAGCUCCAUGGAGAAAAGGGGAUUUCGGUGCCCGAGCACGGCUUCUGCCAACCCAUCUCCAUCCCGCUGUGUACGGACAUCGCCUACAACCAGACCAUCAUGCCCAAUCUCCUAGGGCACACCAACCAGGAGGACGCCGGCCUGGAGGUCCACCAGUUCUACCCGUUGGUGAAGGUCCAGUGUUCCUCGGAGCUGCGCUUCUUCCUGUGCUCGAUGUACGCCCCGGUCUGCACGGUUCUGGAGCAGGCCAUCCCGCCGUGCCGAUCGAUCUGCGAACGGGCAAGGCACGGCUGCGAAGCCCUCAUGAACAAGUUUGGCUUCCAGUGGCCGGAGAGGCUUCGGUGCGAGAACUUUCCGCGCCACGGCGCUGAGCAGAUCUGCGUUGGGCAGAACCAUUCCGAAGACGGCGGGCCGACCUUGCUGACGACUAGCCCGCCUUUGCACGGCACCAUAGGGCCAGCCAUCUACGCCACGCCGGAUCAUCCUUUCCACUGCCCGCGGGCGCUCAAGGUACCAACCUACCUGAACUACAGGUUCUUAGGAGAAAAGGACUGCGCCGCGCCGUGUGAACCGACCAAGAGCGACGGGUUUAUGUUCUUUAGUCAAGAGGAGAUCCGUUUCGCCCGAGUAUGGAUCCUUAUCUGGUCCGUACUGUGUUGCGCUUCAACUUUCUUUACGGUAACCACCUACUUAGUAGACAUGCAAAGGUUCCGCUAUCCCGAAAGGCCAAUCAUAUUCCUGUCUGGAUGCUACACAAUGGUGUCGGUGGCCUACAUUGCCGGAUUUGUUCUGGGCGAUAAAGUGGUUUGCAACGAAGGCUUUUCGGAGGAUGGCUAUAAAACUGUGGUACAGGGCACCAAAAAAGAAGGGUGCACCAUACUCUUCAUGAUGCUUUACUUCUUCAGCAUGGCUAGCUCCAUCUGGUGGGUCAUCUUGUCUUUAACCUGGUUCCUGGCAGCUGGUAUGAAGUGGGGGCAUGAAGCGAUCGAAGCCAAUUCUCAAUAUUUCCACCUGGCAGCCUGGGCAGUGCCUGCUGUGAAGACCAUUACCAUUCUGGCCAUGGGGCAGAUCGACGGAGACCUACUAAGCGGAGUCUGCUUUGUAGGACUUAAUAGCAUCGAUCCAUUGAGGGGCUUUGUGUUGGCGCCUCUCUUUGUCUACCUCUUCAUCGGAACUUCAUUUCUUCUUGCUGGGUUUGUGUCCCUCUUCCGCAUCAGGACCAUCAUGAAACACGAUGGCACAAAAACCGAGAAGUUGGAGCGGCUGAUGGUACGGAUUGGAGUCUUCAGCGUCCUCUACACGGUGCCCGCCACGAUCGUCAUUGCCUGUUUCUUCUAUGAGCAGGCCUUCAGAGAACAUUGGGAACGUAGCUGGGUGAGUCAAAACUGCAAAAGCCUGGCUAUUCCUUGCCCUCUACAGUACACCCCACGCAUGACCCCGGACUUUACCGUCUACAUGAUCAAGUAUCUCAUGACCCUCAUCGUCGGCAUCACUUCUGGAUUCUGGAUCUGGUCAGGAAAAACUCUUCAUUCUUGGAGGAAAUUUUACACCAGGCUUACCAACAGCAAACAUGGAGAGACAACCGUGUGAGAACUCAUGGUGGCACCCAUAACCACCUAGAGGGGUAGGCAACCUCUGCCACUCCAGCUGUUGUGGAACUACAUUUCCCAUGAGGCAUUGCAAGGUUGGCAGUUACAAAUACUCCCAGAGGUAUGAUGGGGUUGGCAGUUACAAUUACUCCCAGAGGCAUGAUGGAACUUGUAUUUCUGCAACAGCUGGAGUGCCACAGGUUGCC